GCCUAGGGUUUUGCCCAUCACUGCCAUCAUUGAAGGCGAUGUAUGCCAUCAAAGUAAAAGUCCCUAGGAUUUUACUUCCCUUUGACGGUCGUAUCAUGCAUAUUAAAAUAACCUGCACUUUUUACGACGAUAUAAAUAUUGAUAACACCCAUGUAGUAUGCUUCUGUUGCGUUUGUUGUCGUCUAAUUCAAAUUACAUUUACAUAUAAGACGAACUCGCACGAUCAGUGAAUUAUCGAUGAACCGAAUUGUCUUCUUCGAUCUUUCGCUCGUCAUCGAAAUGUCUUCGAAGCCCUCGUUUUGUACAAUUUUAAGUAAAAGGGCGAAUACAAACAAUUUUACCAAGCGUGACAUUCUUCGUGAAUCUAAUCAAAAUAUGGUGACAAUCUCGAUCGAAACCUUCUCUCGAAAGUAACAUGGCGGCGUGCACGUGUCGUCUGCGAUUCUUCGUUGGAAUCGAUUGUCGGACGUCUAACGAUCAUCGCCUCGCGACUUCCGGACAAUUCACGAUAUCGUCAAAGGUAACACGGACGUUCGUCUUCGUGGAAGAUGCGUGGUAAUGGAAGGCUGUUGCUCGACGAAGAAAAGCCAUAAAGAGUGGCGACGGACAGCGAAAAAGGAACGUCGCAGACGUCUGCGUCGCAAGGCGGCCGCUGAGCGGGAAGCGGAUGCCGAACGACUGAGGGCAGCACUAGAGAAAAGCGCCAACUAUUUAAAAUGGAUCGAAGACCGCGAAAUCGCCGAGAAAGAAAAGGAGAAGAAAGAGGAGGAGGAGCGUGAUGAACGGGAGAAACUUUGGCUGGAAGAAGAGGUAAAAGCGCAAAAGGAAUGGCAAGUCCUGCAGGAACGAAAGCAGAGAGCCCGACAGCAACAACUGGAGCAAGAGAUGAAAAUUCGGGAGGAAUUCGAGACGAAACAGGAAGCGAUUCGCAAGAAGCAGGAGGAAGAGAAACGGAAGAGAGAGGAGGAAAUUAGAAAGCGGGAAGAGCUGUUGAAGGAGAUCGAUGAUUACAUCGAUAAUGGGAUCAAGACUCCGGAAGCUCUGCGCGAAGUCAUCAACAGUCAGCCUGGAAAAGAACUUUGUCCCUUUUUCACAAAAACUGGUGCUUGCAGGUACGGCGAUACUUGCUCGAGGAAUCAUCGAAGGGUAUGUUUGAGCAAAGUGAUACUAGUUCCUGGAUUUUACACGCAUUUCUCCCUGGAAAAGAAUUCCGCGGAGUACGACACGGACGUGGCCCUCGAGUUCGAGAGUUCGGAAACGCGGCAACACUUUCGCGAGUUCUACAAUGACGUCGUACCGGAACUCGAGUCCUUCGGAAGGAUAAAAACGCUCAAGUACUGUUGCAAUACCGAGGUUCAUUUGCGGGGUAAUCUGUACGUCGAAUACUGUACCGAGAGAGAGGCGGCUAGGGCGAUGAGAAAGUUGAAAGGUCGCUGGUACGCUGGUCGGCAGCUUAAUUGCGAAUUUGCCAACCUCAAGUCCUGGAGGAGCGCUGUCUGCGGAAUGGCCAAGUGCCCGAAAGGAAGAGCCUGCAAUUUUUUGCAUACCUUUAAAAAUCCGCACGACGAAUACGAUAUCAAAAGUCCACCCAGAUGGGCUAAGCAGUUGGCCUCGUCCUCCCAAGAACCUACCACUGCCAGAAGAAGCGACCACAGAAAUAAAUCCAAAUGGGAGGACGGCAGCGAUGCCGAAGAUGGGAAAGACUGGAGAUGGUCCGAGUCCCCCGAACCCGAGCCUCAUUCGCGUACGAGGAACUCUGAGAAACGGCAUCGUCGAUCCGACGAGACCGAGUCUCGGCAGAGAUCAGCACGCGAUAAACGAUACGAUCAAUCAACCAAAGAUACGCUCAGCGAUCACGCAGAAACACCCGUGAAACGCCGACGGUCGAGCUCUAGAAAACAUUUCGAAGAUGAAAAUGACGACGAAAUUUCGAACGGCCGCGAAUCUUCUAGGAGGCAUUACAAAAAAUAUCAAAGAAGGAGAGAAGAAGAAGACAACUACGAUGAGUCGAAGUCGUCGAGGCAUUCUCACAGAAGAUACUCCAAAAGCGACGACAAAAAAGCUCAUCGUUCGAAGGCUCGUAGGUAUCCGAGUAGAUACUCCAAGAGAGAGAAAGAGGAUCGCGAGAAAGUUAGACACAAGUCGAAAAAUCAGCGCGAAUUCUCCGAUGACUCUUCGAGAAGGAAGUCUAAGAAGAGCUCCGAAGUAUCGAACAUCGAAGAAAGCGACUACUUGAAAAACGUACGAGACGUAAAGUCGAAAUGGGAUAAAGAAAAUUCUGACGAGAUCAGUGUUAAUAGUACGGACUCUUCCGAUACGGAUAACUCUAGCACCGAAGAGAAGAAAGGAAGUUUGCGCUUAUCGAAGAAAACUUCAACAGAAUAUUCCGACGACGAAUGGGCCACGACGGAUUCCGAAAGCGACGAAAAAGUCAAAGAGAAGUAACGAAGUAGACAUUCGUUCAAAUUGUUUGUGAAUUUAUCAAAACUCUGGUGUAAUUAAUGUAAUUAGAUACGAAGAAGUACCGUUUUAUACUGAAGUGCAUUUAACAAUAAAAUCAGUUUUGUACUUAAACAAA